CUUUUCUUCUUUUAUUUUUCAAUUUAUUUUUCAUUUCUUAACAUGUCCACGAGUACACGUCGCAGUGCCCGUCUGCUUUCAAAGCCCGCCCCUGCCACCAGCACCACCACCCGCAAAGUGUCCUCCUCGAUCAAACCAAGCAAAGUGGCCAAACCCAAACCCAAGGCACUAGCAAAAAAACUAUUACCACCACCACCAUCACUUCUUCACCCAUCCACCUCAACACCAAACCCCCUGCUGCAGCAGGCUGUUUCUUCGCUCAGAACCAGAGAUGGCCUCGCCCAAGCUAUCCUCCACCUGAAGGCGUCCGACCCUAAACUGGGAAAAUUUAUCGAUACUGUGAAAGAACCAUGCACGGUCAUGCUGCCGAGGGAUACGCCGGAACAGUCUAGCUAUGUGUCGCUCUGCCAGUCUAUUAUCUACCAGCAGUUGGCUGGGAAAGCCGCUGCCGCUAUUCUUCUUCGCUUUCUUAAGCAAUACGGCAUACGCAAGAAACCCCAACAACCGCUGAUCUUGCCUACUGCUGCUGACGAAAUAGAAGAGAUGGAGGCACCGGUUACCGCAGAUGAUUUUAUAUUUCCGUCAGCCAGUUUGGUCUCUAGCCUGGAUGUCGACGAGAUGAAAUCCGUCGGGCUCGGACAAAGAAAAGCCGAGUAUCUCAAGGAAAUAGCCAGGCAAUUCCACGAGGGCUUAUUAUCAGAUACCGCAUUGGCAUUGAUGUCUGAUGAGGAAGUCUCUAGGACUUUGGUCACUGUUAGGGGGAUUGGACAAUGGACUGCUGAUAUGUUCCUUAUUUUUCAUUUGAAACGCCCCAAUGUCUUGCCUACUGUGGAUUUGGCUGUGAGGAAGGCUAUGUGUAAACAUUUUGGCGUGGCGUUUGGGAAGAAGACCCCGACCCAUGAACAGAUGGUCGAAAUGGGAAGCGUCUGGGAGCCGUAUAGGUCCGUGGCUACUUGGUAUAUGUGGAAAUACGCUGAUACUGUUACUCAAAAGUAAACGUGUUUUUCGUUUAGAUUUUUAUUGUUUUAUUGUUUUGUUGUUUAAUAAAAAACUAUUGCUGAAACUUUUAAA